GACGUCACGGGUGUAAAACAAGCGCAGAGUAAAAAAAAAUACAACAACAGGCUUCGUCCAUUAACAAGACCAAAAGCAGCCUGCCCUCAAGUUCAAAUACUUGACCCUUGCCGCUAAAAGAGAUGCCUGGAUGUCCUUGCUAUUGCCCCUGAGUCCAGAUUACCGACUGUAGCGUUUAAACCCCGUACAUUUGGUGUAGUAGUAGAGUCUCUGGAGCGUGAGAGCAGCGUCAGAGCGGAGCGGUGGAGCGGGGCAGCGGCGCGGUGGUGGAGGUGGGAGCGACACGGAGCUCUCCACAGCGAAGGAAAGAGGAGGAGGGUCUGACAUAAACACAGACACUUCAUUAGCAGACGAGCUAACCCGAAGUUUCCAUACAAGUUGCUGAUCUAAAGGAAAAAAAAAACAAAGAAACGGGCGUGGGUGCUCGGAGGGUGGGGUGCUCUUGUCAAAUGCACAGCUUGUGAGGGAUGACCUCCGUGGUGCUGGUGGAGUCUGGAGGGACUGUGGUGGAGUAUGUAACAGCAGAAGAAGAACCUCAACAGGAUGGAGAAUGUGACGUGGAGAUUGAGCUGGAGGAGGAAGAGGGGGCAUGUGAGGAUGAGGAGGGUUACCCAGAGGUCAUUGUGGUGGAGGAGGACCCCGGAGUCAGUGCAGGAGGCCUGGGACAGACCAGUCAGGUGUUUGUGUGUGACGGACAGACCUACAUGAUCCAAGAGGCAUCAGAGGAGCAGGAAGUGCAGCCACAAGAAGAGACAGUGGAGGCCUCUGUCCAUGGCUCCAGUAUCCACUGCUCAGACAAAACUAUUGAGGCGGCGGAGGCUCUGUUGCACAUGGACUCUCCCUCCAGCCUAAGAGAGGACCGCAGCCCAGACUUCCUUCAUGCUGCCAUGCGUCCAGACAUGUACGCAGAGACUGAAGUGGAGAUUACAACGGAGGACUGUUGUGACGAUGAAGAUGAGGAGAUGGUCACUUUGAUAGAGGAACCUGAGCCAGAUCAUGAGCCAAUCAGGAAGAAGAGGGUUGGACGAAAGCCAAAGCCGUUUUCACCCGACUCUCCAGAUCUCAGCAUCAAGAAGAAGUCCAGAGAGGGCAGAGGAUCCACCACUUACCUUUGGGAGUUUUUAUUGGACCUGCUCCAGGACAAAAACACGUGUCCCAGAUACAUCAAGUGGACCCAGAGGGAGAAGGGCAUCUUUAAACUGGUCGACUCCAAAGCUGUGUCCAGACUGUGGGGGAAACAUAAGAACAAGCCUGAUAUGAACUAUGAGACCAUGGGCAGGGCUCUACGAUAUUAUUACCAGCGAGGAAUUCUUGCCAAAGUGGAGGGGCAGCGCUUGGUUUACCAAUUUAAGGAAAUGCCGAAAAACAUUGUGAUCAUCGACGACAACAAGGCGGACAUGACGGAGGACCUGAUCAGCUCUGAAUCUCCUGCGUCAUAUGAGCGUGUGCCCCCUCCACCCAAUCUUUUACUCAAGUCUGAGCCAACUACACCCACAAAACCCAACAUCCUCAGAGGCAGCAAGUCCAGCGUCACUAUCAAUGCUGUGAACAAGCCAGCAGGGGGCAGCACUCCCAUCUCACCAGCCGGUCAAAGAGGAGUCACGGUGGAUUCAAGCAAAACGCCACAGUCUCACGCAGCCAUCAUCACUAAUGCCACAGGGCCAAGGGCGGUGAGGGUAGCUAUGCAAGUCCCAGUGAUGAUGACCACGUCUUUGGGGCAGAAGAUCUCCACCGUAGCGAUGCAGCCGAGUGGGACGACCGCCGGCCACACUACCCUCCUCACAAACCCCUCUCCCAUUAGUGCUGUGCCCAAUGCAAACUCGCAACAGAAGGUCGUGAUCCAGACCCUCCCGACCAUGGUACCAGCCACAGCUGAAAAUGGAGACAAAAUCACGGUGCAACUCGCCAAAAUCAUCACAAUUCCAGCACACCAGCUGGCUCAGUGCCAGCUCCAGACCUCGGGAUCCAAAUCUGGUGUGGGGUCCUCUGCGGGGGGCAUCAGUCUGGUGGGUAGCCCCCUAACGGUGCGUGCUCUGGCCCCUGUAAACGUGGGCCCAGGUGCCCAGGUGAUGAGGCUCACGGUCCCGCAGCAGCCGCAGCAGACCGUGGUGGUGUCCCAAGCCGGAGGUGUAGGUGGAACCGGGGUAGUCACGUUAUCUGCAGCCAAUCAGCCGCGAGUGAUCAGUGGCGUUUUGAACGGCUCUGAGCUGCUGAUUGGAGGAGCGGGAGUCGCUCUGGAGAAAGUGAAAGUGGAAGCGGUGCCUGUUUCGAUUGGGGUCCAAACGAGUCCUACAAAAGCCCCCGCGGUCAGCUCCGAGGCGGCGAGCGCAGAGGGAUCAAAGACAGAGGAGCCCGAGUGUUGAAACUCUUGAGUCUGAGAGCGUAGUUUGUACAAAAGUCAUUUUUACUCUCUAUAACCAGCAGCAGUCUUUGAGACUCAAACUUUUACUUUUCCCUUCUGCUGCACAAGACAUUUCUCAUCCGGCCCUCCUCAAAACCUCCACAAACUUGGAGACAGGCCGUGUACAGUUCAGACUGUAGCAUCUAACAUAGGAACAGACUCAAUGGUGAAACUAAAGGGACCAACACUAAUCGCUACAAAUGUAACUGACUCUGAUGGAGAAAUGCACUCACUCUAUUACAACACUACACGUUCAGGCAAAUAAUUACAACCAAGUGGAUGUAAUUAAGCCUUUGUCGAGGGCAUGUUUAAAAUUAUAGAAAAGUGAUGCUGGUUUUCACAUCCAUAUCACUGUGCAAAGGUGCUGCAGAAAGCUGAAGGGGGGAAAGGGCAGUCUACGAUCAUGUAAAUAUAUACAAAAUAUAUUUACGGAGAAAAUGUUAACAGCAGUAGGUUUAAAUUUUAACUCUUUUGUUUCAUGUAUCUUUUGAACAGUAAGCUGAACUUUUGUUUUUCUUUUGAUACUUUGAACCAAGCACAGUAUUACUUAACCUAAGGGAGCUAAUACAUGUAUUUAUUAGUGUCUCUUUUAUCAGGCUGUUGAUUACUAGUGACAGCAGCGUUAUGUAGGUCAGAAACCAGGUUAUUUGCACUUUCCUUCUCAAAAGAGUUGAGAUUUGUCAAAUUUAUCUUGGUAUUUUUUUCUUUUUUCCUGUGGACACUGCAGCCACACUUUUGGGAAUGCAUUAAAGGCCAGUGCAUGCAGUCAUAUAUUUCAGUUGAACAGAUUUACUGUAUCUGAGCUCACAAUGCAAUUUACAAUAUCAUGAAAUCAGUGACAAAUAUCAAAGGGUCAAUCAUGGCAGCAUCCUCGGUCUGCCAUUUCAGCCCACACAUUUCAGUUUUUAUGGAGGGGAGGAGAUUUGUGUUCAGACUGAACUGUUUGUAUAUUCAACAUUUGAAGUAUAUUCUAUUUUGUUGUACUCUUGUUUCAAAGUGUAUUAAAGUAGAUUUUACUGAAACAUGA